AGGUGAAAGAGUUUUCAGAUGUGUUGUUCAGCUCAACAGUUCAGCGGAGGAACAGGAAGAUCUGCAGGCAUUAUUUGAGCUGUGAGUGGGUGAAGCACGAUGGCGAAUGUAAAACAGCUGCUCAAGAAAUCCCUGGAUGAACUGGUAGAAGAUACACUAAAGGACUUUCAGUGGCAUUUAAUGAAUGACCAUAGAGAGAUUUCAAAAGCUGAAAUGGAGAAUGCAGACAGGCGAAAUACCGUUGAUAAGUUGGUGUCAUGUUUUGGAUUAGAAAGAGCUGUGAAGAUCACAGUGGACACCCUGAGGAAAAUAAACCAGAAUCAAUUGGCUGAAGAUCUGGAGAAUACACAGAAGCAAGGUGCAGCUUCAGAGACCUGUAAAUCCCCUCCUGUUGAUUACACAAACACCAGCCGUGAACUAAAGGAGAAGUUAAAGGAGGACUAUAAGCAGAUAUUGAUUGGUAAUUCACAGACGGGUCACCAGAAGAAGCUGGAUGAUAUUUACACUGAUCUAUAUGUGGUGGAGAAUGAGACUGGAGGAAGAGAGAAUGACCAUGAGGUGAUGCAGAUAGAGUCAAAACACAACCAACAGACAGCCGAGGAUAAACCAAUCAAGUGUAAUGACAUGUUUAAAGUUCAGCCUGACACAGGUCAACAAAACAGAAGAGUCCUGACACUGGGGAUUGCAGGAGUGGGAAAGACUGUCUCUGUCAACAAAUUCAUCCUUGACUGGGCUGAAGAAAAAGACAAUCAGGAAAUAGUCUUCAUAUUUCCACUGCCGUUCCGUAGACUGAAUCUGAUUAAAGAAAAAGAGUACAGUCUCAUAGGUCUGCUUAACAAGUACUUCUUUAGCAGUGGAGGACUGAGCUCUCUUCCUGAAAAACAAGGCAAGGUCAUGUUCAUCUUUGAUGGACUGGAUGAAUAUCGCUUUGAAUUGAACUUUAAAGAGGAGGAUGGAUUUACAGAUGUUGAUAAGGAAAUGACAGUGAGUAAGAUAAUAACACAUCUCUUAAAGAGAGAGCUGCUUCGCUCUUCCCUCAUCUGGAUCACAUCCAGACCAGCAGCAGCCAGUCUGAUACCCCAAAUCUACAUUGAUCAGGUGACUGAGGUGCGAGGAUUCAAUGAUGAACAGAAGGAGCAGUACUUCAUCAAAAACAGCAGUGCUGAGGUUGCUGGAAACAUCAUCAGUCACAUCAGGAAAUCCAGGAGUCUGUACAUCAUGUGCCACAUCCCUGUCUUCUGCUGGAUCUCCCUCACUGUUCUUCAGCCUCUGCUGGGUCAAGAGAACAAUGACAAAACACCCACAACUCUCACAGGGAUGUACAGCAGCUACUUACUGUCUCAAAAGCAACAGAUGAAAGAAAAAUACAGCAGCGAUUCUGACCCUGACGCCAAGGCCUGGUCUUUUAAAGACAUUGUCCUGAAGCUGGGGAAACUGGCCUUUGAACAGCUGCAGGAAGGACAACUGAUUUUCUACAAAACAGAUCUGGAGAAGUGUGGGCUGGAUGUCAAGGAAGGGUCUGUGUUCUCUGGAUUAUGUACUCGAAUGUUUCAGGAGGAAAACCCCAUCUCAGGGGAACAGGUGUACAGUUUUGUUCAUCUCAGCGUUCAGGAGUUCAUCGCUGCUCUCUAUGUGUUUUUCACUUACAAAGACAAGAAAGCAAAUCCAUUUCUUGAUUCCAGGAAAAAGGAACUGACAUGGAAACUCUCUACAAAGAACCUGUUUAAACUUCACAAGGAUGCAGUCAAGAAGACUUUGCAAAGCAAGAAUGGACACCUGGACCUUUUCCUCCGCUUCCUGCUGGGUCUCUCACUGGAAUCCAAUCAGAGUGACCUGAAGAAGUUCCUGCCAGGACUGAAACUCAAAACUGAGAACAUCAAAGACACAACAGACUAUAUCAAAGGGAAAAUAGAGGAGGAGAAAUCAGCAGAGAGGACCAUCAACCUCUUCCACUGUCUGAAUGAACUGAAGGAUGACUUUGUGGAGGACCUCCAGAAGAGUCUGAGCUCUGGAAAUCUCACAUCACAGGAUCUGUCCUCUGCUCAGUGGUCGGGUCUGGUGUUUGUGCUCCUGAUGUCAGAAGAGACUCAAGAGAAGUUUGAACUGCAGAAGUACAGAAGAUCUGAUGAAGCACUGAUGAGACUGAUGCCAGUGGUCAAGAACACCACAAGAGCACUCCUUCAGAGCUGUAAUCUCACUGUUCAGUGCUGUGAGAGUUUGUCUUCAGCUCUACAAUCCUCAAACUGUGUGCUGAGAGAGCUGGACCUGAGUAACAAUGACCUGCAGGAUUCAGGAGUGAAGAAGCUCUCUGAUGGACUGAAGAGACCAAACUGCAAACUAGAAACACUGAGAUUUGUCCUGUGUAAACUCACUGCUUAUUCUUGUGAGAGUUUGUCUUCAGCUCUACAAUCCUCAAACUGUGUGCUGAGAGAGCUGGACCUGAGUAACAAUGACCUGCAGGAUUCAGGAGUGAAGCUUCUCUCUGAUGGACUGAAGAGUCAACACUGUAAACUGGAGACACUGAGAUUGGUCAGGUGUAAACUCACUGUUGAGUGCUGUGAGAGUUUGUCUUCAGCUCUACAAUCCUCAAACUGUGUGCUGAUAGAGCUGGACCUGAGUAACAAUGACCUGCAGGAUUCAGGACUUUUCCUCCAUCAUCUGUCUUCCUCCUCUUCAUCGUCUCCUGUGCAGAUUGAUCAGCAGUCCGAUGUCCAUGUGUUCCUCUAUGUGCUGGUCUCUAGCAGAACUUGA